AUGACUCGUGCCCACCUGGGCACCAUCCAUGGAGAGAAAACACUGAGUACCCUGAUGGAGGAGCCUCUUUUCUCCAAAGCAGGUGUCUCUGGGAGAGGCUGGCACAGUCGGGUCACCUGGAGUUACCCUCACAGCACCCCACCCUGUGCCCAGUGCCUGCCCGGCACGGGGUCCAUGGGCAAAGUCGGCCUCCCCAGGUCCAAACCCACCAUCUCCAGGGAGGGGGCGGGGGUCGGGCGGGUCCACCCCAGCUGGACACCCCUGACUCUGGCACCCCACCCCCCAGCCGGCAGUCUCUGCACUUCCUUGAGCAAGAGCGCCCCGGGGUCUGGGGUCAAGGAGGACGGCCAGCCCCUCGGGGACCCCACCCCCAACUGUAGGAGGCCGCCUCCCCACAGCCCUGCACAGUCACCCGGGCCGACCGAGGGGGCCCGACGUCUCUUCUCCCGUCCUGCCCGCAAGGGGGAGGGGAGCCCCGGCUCCCCCCAACUCACCCCAGGCCCUCCCGGCCCAGCUCCGGCCCGCCCUCCGGGGCGCCCGGGCCUGGGCGGCGGCAAGAGCCCCCUCCAGGCCGGGCCGGGCCUAUCCCCGAGCAUGGCCGCGGGGCCUCCUCCGGCACCGGCGCCGCUCCCCGAGGACGUCCCCCGGCCCCGACCAGAGAAAAGCUCUCACUCACCUGGCCCGAGGACGCCGGGUAGGGGGCGGCUGCGGGGGGAGCGGCUGGGACGGGGGAGGAGGGGGAGGAAGAGAAGCGGCGGGAGGAAGCAGUAG